AUGCACAACCACCAGCCACAUAAUUCCUCUGUUGUUGAUUACAAAAACCACCACCAAGGCAAACCCCUGCCUACCAUCUUGACGCAACGCACCUCUAUAGCGUAUUGUUUCCAUGACCGCGCCACUUGUCACUCCGCAGAAUCCUGCCAACACUGGUCAGUGGCGUUUACCAAUGCCAAAAUCAGAAGGAAAUCAACAAGACCAUCCCAUGCCCGCAAAUCGGCCGUCUUGGCCAUCCAAGACCAUCCGAGUAACCCGCACUUGAUCUGCACAAGCUCGUACGACGGCACAAUCCGGGAGCUGAACCUUGAGAGCCAGCAGAGCAUGGAGGUUUUCGAUGGCCAGGCGCUCUCCGCCAAAGACAACAUCUUCCUCUUGGCCUUCAAGUUUUCCAACCAAGACCGCAAGAUCUGGGCCUCCAACACCACCGGCAGCCUUGUCCAUUGCAACCGCGUCAGCCAAAGACUGCCGCCUGUCGCUGGACGUCCCCUGGCCUCUGAUCAGCAGCCCAAAGCCCCGCCCGACAAGCUCUCUAACGCUCUGCCUACACUCAUGUAUCCUAGCCUCCUGUAA